UGUGAGUAUCUAUUAUUGUAUCUUUUUUAUCAGAAUGUGUUUUUUCUUCUCUUUUUUCAGGUACCUGAUUUUCUUCUGCCCUCUUAACCUGUUUUACAAAUGUGUGGCAUUUCUGCCUGUGAAACUUGUGCUAGUUGCAAUGAAAGAAGUGGUCCGCACACGUAAAAUCGCUGCUGGAGUUCAUCACGCUCACCAUGCGUAUCACCACGGCUGGCUCAUCAUGGUCAUCACUGGUUAUGUUAAGGGGUCAGGGGUCGCUCUCAUGUCCAAUUUCGAGCAGCUGUUGCGAGGAGUCUGGAAGCCAGAGACCAAUGAAGUUCUCAACAUGUCAUUCCCUACCAAGGCCAGUCUGUAUGGAGCCAUUCUGUUCACCCUUCAGGAGGCUCACUUGCUCCCUGUGUCUAAAAGCAUGCUCAUCUGCCUCUUCACACUCUUCAUGGCCUCAACCAAGGCGUUUAUGACGGCCCGUCACUCUCACGGAUCACCCGUCGCCCUCAUCGAGUCUUGGCUGUGCCACCUGCUAUUCGGUUCACCCCUUGGUAUUGAAGAUGCCCAUGAUCACCACCACGCCGCACCCCUCUCGCCCACCAAAACCAAGGAGGAACUGAGUGAAGGAACCCGCAAGAGGAAGCCCAAGAAAGAGUAGUUACAACAAAAUCAUCAACCCAACCUGUGAUAUGACAGAGCGGCCCGGCUCUGCUUGAGAAAGGAGGGAAUUUUAUCUUAAACCAAUGCAAGUUUCUCUUUCAGUGGUGCUUUUAAUGACAGACAUGCCAUAUAGAGACUCUGUAAAUAGCUUGCCCCCUCUUUGCCAACAUCCAUGUCUUUAUUUUUCGUAAUGUUUUCCAUCAUUCAAGCCCCAUGCAUCUGAUGAUGUGCAGCGUGUCAUGAACAGGUGAAUGAACGAAAGGCAGUGUGAUGAGAACCUGCCUCUAGCCGUUUGAGUUCAUACGUCACUGAAGGGUCCAUCCAAAUAACUUGAGACUCGUCGUCCACCACUGGUUGACCCGACUGCCACAGAACACUGCUGCUUUUUAAAUCCAGUUGAAUUGGGGGGGAAACCAAUACAUUUUCCAAAAAAAAAAAAAUUAAAAUUAAUAAAUUUUUUCAGCCAAAAUCAGUCGUUUCAAA